UCCUCAGUGUCCAGGAGGUUGGAGGAAGAUGAUGCGGCUGAGCGAACCUCGUGCGUAUCGCGCCACUCUUUAGACGUAGAUAUAUAUAUAUAUUUUUUUCACUUGCCUUGUCUAGUUUCUUGCCAAAAUAUAUUUGCUGCUCAAUGUGGAGGUGCGAGCGUAGCGACGCAGAAACUGCUUAGGUAUAUUGGUCAGAGAAGAAGGAGAAGAAGAAGAGAGAAGAGGGGCGAAGUGAACGGGGUUGGGCAUCAAAUUGCACCGGAUGUCAUUAUACACUGUUAAUUAUCAAGGACUUUAAUCACAAGCAACGGUAGAGCCAUGGAGGUUGUAACACAUCUUGUGAAUGACACAGUAGAGUUUUAUAAAUGGAGCCUUACUAUAGCAGACAAGAGGGUGGAGAACUGGCCGAUGAUGUCGUCUCCCUCUCCCACCCUGGCCAUCAGCUGCCUGUACUUGAUCUUCCUGUGGGCGGGGCCUAGGUACAUGCAGGACCGCCAACCCUUUACACUCAGGAAGACUCUCAUAGUGUACAACUUCAGCAUGGUGGUCCUCAACUUCUAUAUCGCCAAAGAGCUCCUACUAGCAUCAAGAGCCGCUGGAUACAGCUACCUGUGUCAGCCUGUCAACUACUCAAGUGAUGUGAAUGAAGUCAGGAUAGCAUCUGCUCUUUGGUGGUAUUACAUCUCCAAAGGGGUGGAGUUCCUGGACACGGCGUUUUUUAUACUGAGGAAGAAGUUCAACCAAGUCAGCUUCCUCCACGUCUACCACCACUGUACCAUGUUCAUCCUCUGGUGGAUCGGUAUCAAGUGGGUCCCUGGUGGACAGUCAUUUUUCGGUGCAACCAUCAACUCUUCCAUCCACGUCCUCAUGUACGGUUACUAUGGACUGGCUGCCUUGGGACCUCAUAUGCAGAAGUAUCUCUGGUGGAAGAAAUACCUCACCAUAAUUCAGAUGAUCCAGUUUCAUGUAACCAUCGGCCACGCCGGUUAUUCGCUCUACACUGGCUGCCCGUUCCCCUGCUGGAUGCAGUGGGCUCUGAUCGGCUAUGCUGUCACCUUCAUCAUCCUCUUCGCCAACUUCUACUACCACGCCUACAGACGCAAACCUUCGUCGCACAAAGGCGGCAAGCCGGUGGCCAACGGCACAUCGGCUGUGACUAACGGCCACAGCAACAUGGAAGAAGUGGAGGAAAACGGGAAGAGGCAAAAGAAGGGAAGAGCGAAAAGGGAGUGAAGAAGAUAGAGGCGCGUGCCUGGCAACAAUCUAAAAGUGGACGGAGAAGGAGGGAAGGGAGGGGAGAAAUAAACCAGACAAUCAUUUCUGCAGAUAAUGUAGAUUGACGUGAUUCGGGACCAACUUGAGGAGAACAGCGGGUGUCGGGUGUGUGUUUAUGGGCAAGUCUGUAAAUGCUUCUGGUUUUAGAUGGAAGACAUUUGUGUUGGUUGUCUGCAAAACAGUUUGUUAAUGAAGAAAAGCAAAAUGCUGACCACAUAGGCUCCACGCUCGUCUGUCCAACUGUGUUUUGGACCCUGUUAGGACCAAAAUGUCACAGAAAAUGCACACCUGCUCAGCAUUUACAACCAAAAUUCACCUCCAAUUUUUGUACUCUGGAUUCUAAUACUGCUUUAUCUAAGAGCUUAAAUAGUUAAUGUGCUAAUUUAUUUGCUAGUGCUCUAAAAAUUUUUUGAUUAAUUUUAAGCGUUACCAAAAUAUAUUUUUUUUUUUUUGUUAUUUAAAUCUUUUUUGGGGGGGAGCAGAGGGUGUGGGUGGGUGACAUUAUGUUUACAGAUGCAGUUGAUUUAGAUAUGGUUAUCAAAGAAAUUUACAAAAUCCUUAUAUUUGCCAUCUGCUUUAUUUGCAUUGCCUUGCAAAAGUAUUACUACCCCUUGAUUAUUUUGUUUAGCUACAAAUUUCGAUAAUCCUUACUGGGAUUUUAUGUGGCAGAUAAACACCAAGUAGCAUUUUUUUCAGGCAACAAAAGGACAAGACUAAUUUCUUGACAUUCAUUUGUACAUACACUGUAAACAAUCUUUCACACAGCUGCACGUUUUUGGUGUGUUUCUACUUUUAAAUUUUGCUCCGCUUUAUGUUGGUGUCUCAUGUACAGUCCCUAUAAAGUAUAUUGGAAUUUGUAACUUGAUACUGUAAAAAAAAAAAAAAAAAAGAAAAAAGUUGAAAGUGUACAAAUACUUUUGCAAGGCAUUGUUACUUCUUUGCAGUUAUCUACAGCAUCUUCCAGUCCAACUGGUUGUGGACGGUGCCGUUCUUUGCAAAGACUACGACCGUGCUGCAUUUAUAAACUCAUAUCCUACUACCUUUUUGUUCGGAGAUAAUAAAAAAGAAAAAAAAAAAGCUGAUUUGAAAGACUUGGGAUAAAACCUUAGAGUUGUUUGGAUUUUUAGAAAAAAGUUGAUGACCCUGUAAAAAAAUAUAUAUCUUUUUUUUUAAUGGGUCUUCACACAUUAUUUCCUUUUACUGUGCGUCAUAGAUGAGUUUCAAGGAUAUUGUCUGACUCCCACUUAGGACCGCAGGGAAAUUCAUCCCAAAGGAAAAGCUUUUUUUUUUUUUUUUUUAAAGAAAUCAACAGGUCAUUUUAUUGUCUUGUCUAAAGAAAGGUGACUGCUUCCUGGCUGCACAAUUAAAUAAAAUAAAUAAACUGUCAGCACUGCA